AUGUGCUGCGUUUUUCUUACACUGCAGCUUUGCAUGUUAUCAUCCAACAGAGUUGCUUAACGAAGGAUUACAUUUUAACCGGCCACGGUUGAACGUACACGAGUUGAUUGUUCUGCCUGUGGUGCAGUAUACCUUUUUGGCUCUUGAACAAAUGAUUGGCCGUGAGUGAUGUUCUGUUUAGUUUGUCUUGUGGUUUUUUGGGACAACUUGUUGCUCUAUUGCUGAUUUAAUUUCAUUAUGUUUUCAGCUAGAGAGACUGGAAAUUCUUGACAUAUAUGUUGUCUGGUGUGUGCUAUGUGGCUAUCUUUGUAUAUGGCUUAUCGUAUUUUUUGAGAACCAUUAUCGUCUUUAUAUCUCCUGGUUGAGAUAAAGAAAUUAUUCUUUCAUCCUUAUCUUCUCUGUUGUUUUCUUUCAUGGUAUGGAUGGACAGCGCAUAAAUUUCAAGUUACGUAACCAUUUUAUCUAUCUUAUUGCAGUAUCAAACACGUGAACCAGUUACUCUGUGGGUAAACAAGGUUGGGCCUUACGACAACCCUCAAGAGACGUAUAACUAUUACAGCCUUCCGUUCUGCCGGCCAGGUGAUAACCCUGUCCACAAGUGGAGCGGACUUGGGGAGGUUCUAGGCGGAAAUGAACUCAUCGACAGCGAGCUUAAAAUUUUUUUUAAAGGUUUGUCCAGCGUCUUGCUAUAGUCUUAAUUUAUCCUGGCAUGAUAGCUAUCUGAGAGGCACCAUACACCAAAAAUGUGUUCUGGAAAUCGUUUUUUUUAUGAACAUUGAUCUUAAAAAAUCUAUGCUGACAGACGAUGUUGACAAGAUCACAAUUUGUGCACUUAAACUUGAUGAGGAGAAGGUGCAGCAGUUUACAUACGCAAUUGAUGAUUCAUAUUGGCUUGAAUUUUUCAUGGGUAUGUUGUGAAUAAGUUGAAAUUUAAGUUAUUUACCCUCUUGUAAUGGCGACAUGGAUUGUUGUUGUUGCAUCAUCUUUUACCUCCACUGACGUUGCCAUUUUGUUUGCAAUGUGUUAUGUUACUGGAGCAGAUGACUUGCCCUUGCGGGGUAUGAUUUCUUAACCCCUUUGUGUCCAUUUCAUGACUUUCUCUUUCGAUUCUCCGUCCUUGGGUUGUCAUUCAAACUAACACGUAUAAUGAUGAUUAGGUUUUAUUGGGGAAGUGCAAUCCGGUAAGAAUGAUCAAAGGAAGCAUUAUCUUUUCACCCAUAAACAAAUUCUUGUGGAAUAUAAUGGCGAUCAGGUUUGUGGCUCUGAAGCUCAUAUAAGCAAUUGCAUUUUGGAUCAAACCUCGUACCUGUUGAUAAACACUUGAGAACCUCUUUGCCUUUCAGAUUAUUCACGUUAAUCUCACUCAAGAUGAGCCUAAACCUCUGGAAGUCGGGAGAACCUUAGAGAUGACAUAUUCCGUCAAGUGGGUAGAAAUAGAUACACCUUUUGCUCGGCGCUUUGACAUUUACCUGGACCACCCCUUUUUCGAGCAUCAGGUAAAUUCUUUAUUCCCCCAUUAAUUUAUUUUAUUUAUUAUUAUUAUUUAUUUAUUUAUUUGCUCUCACUCAAGUUUCCCUCAGGAUGUUAGUUACAUCAAUUGCUCCUGACGAUAUGAUUUUUUUUUCGUAUGGGCAGAUCCACUGGUUCUCCAUUUUCAACUCUUUUAUGAUGGUCAUUUUCCUCACUGGCCUGGUAUCCAUGAUCUUGAUGCGAACGCUUAGAAAGGACUAUGCUAAGUACGCCCGUGAAGAGGACGACCUUGAGGCUCUGGUGAUUAUCUAAGGCCACUGUGUGAACGUGCUACUAAUCUAUAGGCUAUUAAUCCUGUUUUUCCGUAUGGCUGUUUCUCUCAGGAAAGGGAUGUGAACGAAGAGUCAGGGUGGAAGCUUGUCCAUGGGGACGUCUUCCGGCCUCCGCAGAGUUUGGCUCUUCUUUCCGCUCUUGUCGGUACGGGUGCUCAGCUGGCCAUGCUCGUCCUCCUCGUCAUCUUGUUGGCAAUCAUUGGAACCUUAUACGUCGGGUAUGUGAAUCGCCGCCAUGAACACCCUCCCACAGAAUAAUAAUAAUAAUAAAUAAAUAAAUAAUUCAAAUCUUUGGUCUAUUAUCCAGAUAUGUUUGAUGAUGUUGCCAAUCAAACUGGUUUAAUUAUAUAUCAGACAUUUUAUCAGAUUUUUCUGUUUGGGUUUUCUCACUCAUAAUCUCUCUCUCUCUCUCUCUCUCUCUCUUAUUCUUCUGUAUGCGUUUAUGAUCCAGCCGAGGAGCGAUCGUCACGACCUUCAUCGUGUGCUACGCUCUUACUUCCUUCAUCUCCGGCUACGUCAGCGGCGGCCUCUACUCCCGCAGUAGCGGUACGGGCCGAUUCGAGCUUGCUGUGUGACCCAGUAAGAGAAAUCUGUGAACUCACUGUGUGUGUGUGUGUGUGGGUGGGUGGGUGUUUCAGGCAAGAACUGGAUAAGGUCGAUGAUCCUGACGGCGUCGCUGUUCCCGUUCACCUGCUUCGGCGUGGGGUUCGUCCUGAACACGAUCGCCAUCUUCUACCGGACGCUGGCGGCCAUCCCCCUGGGGACGAUGGUGGUGGUGCUGGUCAUCUGGGCCUUCAUCUCCUUCCCGCUGGCGCUGCUCGGCACCGUCGUGGGCCGCAACUGGAACGGCGCACCGAACAAUCCCUGCCGCGUGAAGACCAUCCCCCGCCCCAUCCCGGACAAGAAGUGGUACCUCACCCCACCCGUCAUCUCCCUCAUGGGCGGCCUCCUCCCCUUCGGCAGCAUCUUCAUCGAGAUGUACUUCGUCUUCACCUCCUUCUGGCACUACAAGGUAAGCCCGAUCGGUUGCUUCAAACCCUAGAAGACGAGGGGAGAGCCGCCUGAUCUGACUGGAGGUGAUCUUUCAGGUGUACUAUGUGUUCGGGUUUAUGCUGCUGGUCUUCCUCAUCUUGGUGAUCGUCACUGUUUGCGUGACCAUCGUGGGCACGUAUUUCUUGCUGAACGCGGAGAACUACCACUGGCAGUGGACGUCCUUCUUCUCCGCCGCCUCCACCGCCGUCUACGUCUUCCUCUACUCCGUUUACUACUUCUACGUCAAGACCAAGAUGACCGGCUUCUUCCAGACCAGCUUCUACUUUGGGUACACCCUCAUGUUCUGCCUCGGCCUCGGCAUCCUCUGCGGUAAUCUCUCUCUCUCUCUCUCUCUCUCUCUCUCUCUCUCUCUCUCUCUCUCUCUCUCUCUCUCUCUCUCUCUCUCUCUCUCUCUCUCUCUCUCUAACUCUCUGAGCCUGGGGGAGGAGGGAAUCAACGUCAUUCAUGAGCUUCUCUUUCUCUCUCUCUCUCUAACUCUCUGAGCUUGGGGGAGAGGAGGGGAUCAACAGCAUUCAUGAGCUUCUCUCUCCUCUCUCUCUCUCUAUCUGUGCCCUCUAUGUAACUAUUUAUCCGCGUUGAUGAUGGUAUUGAUUAUAUGGCGCAGGUGCCGUGGGUUAUCUGGGGUCAACCCUGUUCGUGAGGAGGAUCUACAGGAACAUCAAGUGCGACUAG